AUGUCCCAGCUUUAUUCCUUCAAGGCUGUAGAAGAUUCCUUUCAGCAACCAAAUAAUAAUGGUUCAUGUCCCAGAAGGCGACUUCAUGUCCGACUUCAUUCCUUUAUUCAAGGCUGUUUAUUCCUUUCCAACCAAAUGAGACGACUUCAUGUCCCAGCUUUAUUCCUUCAAGGCUGUGAAGAUUCCUUUCAGCAACCAAAUGGUAAUGCUUCAGAGACGACUUCAUGUCCCAGCUUUAUUCCUUCAAAGGCUGUAGAAGAUUCCUUUCAGCAACCAAAUAAUAAUGCUUCAGAGAGACGACUUCAUGUCCCAGCUUUAUUCCUUCAAAGCUGCUGUCCCAGCAACCAAAUUCCUUCAAGGUCUGUAGAAGAUUCCUUUCAGCAAACAAAUGGUAAUGCUUCAGACGACUUCAUGUCCCAGCUUUAUUCCUUCAAGGCUGUAGAAGAUUCCUUUCAGCAACCAAAUAAUAAUGCUUCAGAGACGACUUCAUGUCCAACUUUAUUCCUUCAAGGUUGUAAAGAUUCCUUUCAGCAACCAAAUGGUAAUGCUUCAGAGACGACUUCAUGUCCCAGCUUUAUUCCUUCAAGGCUCUUUAUUCCUUCAAAGGCUGUAGAAGAUUCCUUUCAGCAACCAAAUAAUAAUGCUUCAGAGACGACUUUCAUGUCCAGCUUUAUUCCUUCAAAGGCUGUAGAAGAUUCCUUUCCCAACCGUAAUAAUGCUUCCAGACGACGACUGUCCCAGCUUUAUUCCUUCAAGGCUGUGAAGAUUCCUUUCAGCAACCAAAUAAUAAUGCUUCGAGACGACUUCCUUCAACUUUUAUUCCUUCAAGGCUGUAAAGAUUCCUUUCAGCAACCAAUAAUAAUGCUUCAGAGACGACUUCAUGUCCCAGCUUUAUUCCUUCAAGGCUCAUGA